AUGAACCUCCCCACGGUACAGGCCCUUAUUCAUAAAAGACCACUGCUACUCUAUUUGGCCACCAACUCGUAUGCCAUCGAUGCACUAAUCGCUCAGGAAGAUGGAGGUGGUGUCGAGCAGCCAAUAUACUACAUCAACUGCACCUUAAAAGAUGCAGAAACUCGUUAUCCAAGGGCAAAGAGAGCGUGUUUGGCCAUUGUAUACGCUUCGCAGAGGUUGCGUCACUAUUUCUUAGCCUAUGAAGUAUGGCUGAUGACUAAGUCUCAUGCCAUUAAAGCUCUGUUACAACAACCGAUCCUCUCCGGCAGGAUAUCCCAGUGGUUACUACAAUUAUCACAAUACGACUUAAGAAUGGAAACACCUAGGGCAGUGAAAAGUCAGGCUAUAGCAGAUUUAUUGACACAGUUUCCAGGAGAGGAAGAAUUCCCACUGGAUGAUGAAGUUCUAGGGGAAGUAGCCAUGGCAGAAGAAGUCAGAGAACAGUGGGUAAUGAAAUUCGAUGGGUCUUCUACUACCCAUUCCAGAGGGGUAGGAGUAGUUUUGUAUCAUGAAGAAGACAAGGCAGUGGCGCUGUCAUUUAAGCUGGAAUUUCCCUGUUCAAACAACACGGCGGAGUACGAGGCCUACUUAACCGGGCUUGCCACGGCUCUCGAAAUGGGAGUCAAACAUUUGAAAGUAUUGGGAAAUUCGAACUUGGUUGUCUGCCAGGCCAAGGGAAGCUUUUCCUUAAAGGAGCCUAGCCUAGCCCCCACUAGGAUAGAAGUCAGCAAGAGGGAAGAAUCCAUCAUUGAGGUGUUGAAGGAAAAGUUCCAAGAGGAACAGGGCGAAGGGGAUUGGCGAAUCCCCAUAAAGGAAAUCUUGGUAAAGGGAGAUGAUGCAGCAGAAUUAAAGAUGUUAAAAGACUAUGCCUUGGUAAAAGAAGAGUUGUACUGCAGGAUGCCAGGUGGGGUCUUAUCCAAAUGCGUGGGGCAGGAAGAAGCUCAUAGAAAAUUGAAAGAAAUACAUGACAAGACUUGCGGGUCUUGCGGAGAAGUUAAUCUUUACCGCAGACUUCAGAGAGCAGGCUUCUAUUGGCCAAGUAUGGGUAAAGAUGCAGAUCUAGUCCAAACCCAGUGUGGAACCUGCCAGCUUGCGGCAGACAGGGAGGAAAGUUACGCUGGCUUGCACAGCAUGGUCACCCCAUGGACCUUCCACACUUGGAGGCUAGAUUUGGUAGGGCUAGUCAACCCACCAUCACGUGAAUACAUAUGGAUAUUAGUGGCUAUAGAGUAUUUUACUAAAUGGGCAGAAGCAGUGCCACUCCGUAAGGCCACAGGGGGAGCAGUGGCAAAUUUCAUCAAAGAAAAUAUAAUUGUGAGGUUUGGGGUGCCCCACAAGAUCAUCAGUGACAACGGCACACCAUUUGUCAAUAGUGAUGUAAGGAGGAUGCUAGAGUUCUACCAAGUUAAGCACCACAGGUUGUCACCUUAUUACCCUCAAGGGAAUGGGUAG